UGGUGCACGUGAUUUGCUUCGAAAAUAAUGGAGCCUGAACGCAGUUCAAAGAAAACGAAGAAAAAUCGAUGGAGCGCUGCUUGCAUUGAUUUGCUGGUAGAGCUGUGGGCCGACAAAAUUGCGGAUUUGCGAGGAAAUCGUAAAAACAACCACGUCUACCAGGAAAUUAGACAUGAGCUGGACAAAAGGGGUUUUACCGUAGGAACGGACGAAAUUAAAGUGAGAAUUCACAACCUCACAUCAAAAUACAAGAAAGAGAAAGCUCUAAUCGGUCCUUCCGGAGGAUCACCGUCGACCUGGCCGUUUUAUGCCAAAAUCCACAGCUUUUUGGGUACAUUCCCAAUAACCAACGUGUCUCAACGAGUUGAAGAAAGCUUCUCUGAAUUAUUGCCAGAUGCUGAGAUAAUUGCAGAAUAUGUAGAAGAAGCCGUUGAUUCCGAUCUAUCCUACGCAGGACCGUCGCUGGAUUCUGAAAUGCCGUUGAGACCUGGAAAGAAGGAGAAGAAAAAUAUAUUCCAGAAUGAGCUUUUAAAACGAUGGGAUAAAAUGGAGGAAGCAUCUAGAGAACAGAACGAAUAUUUGAGAGAGACAGAUCAAAAGUUGUUUGAGUUGGAGUCGCAACGAACCGCUCUACUCGAAAGAUUUGUUCAAAAUUCAGCUGAAAUGAAAGACGCUUUCAUUUCCUUCCUAGGCUCCAGAAAUUAGUUAUUCUAAACAAAUAUGAAUAAACAUUAAUACUUACUGAAGAAGCUGGCUGUUCAGGAUAUAUACGACCCUUUUCACUUCUUAGCUGUUCUAUAAUCCACUUUGAAUUAAGAUGAUCGUCGUUUACAUUGAGGAAGUUAUGAAGUACACAGC